UCAAGCAAUGCCAAGGACGGGCGGGACUGGAGCUUAGAACUGUUGAAGGUCACAUAGCCUUCAAAAGUGUCAGCUUCUCAUAUCCAUCCAGGCCCACGCAGCUCGCGCUUGAAGUCCUCACGCUAGAUAUUCCAGCUGGUAAGCGGCUGGAAUUCCCUCAUCUUCAAUCUGCAUGAAAAACAUUGCAGGUAAGGUUACCGCUCUUGUGGGAAGAAGCGGAUCGGGAAAGUCUACAGUCAUUGCGCUCCUAGAGCGAUUUUAUCAUCCAACCGCAGGUGAAAUCACUCUGGAUGGUGUGUGCAUCAGAAGUCUUGACUUAAACUGGUGGAGGUGUCGGAUUGGACUGGUAAGCCAGGAGCCUACACUGUUAUCCUCUUCCAUCAGGCAAAACAUUCUAUAUGGAAACGAGAGAGCCAGUAUGGCAGACAUUAUUGCUGCUGCGAAGCUAGCCGAUGCACACGACUUCAUCCAAAGACUACCUAAUGGAUACGACACGCAGGUUGGUGAACUGGGAAUGCAAAUCUCAGGGGGUCAGAAACAGCGUAUUGCAAUCGCACGAGCCAUCGUGAGGAAACCACGCAUCAUGCUGCUAGACGAAGCUACGAGCGCACUCGACAACGAGUCCGAGAGAGUUGUCCAGGAAGCUCUAGACAACGCAUGCAAGGACGUCACAACAGUAACAAUCUCGCACAGGCUCAAGUCAAUCCAAAAUGCACACUACGUCGCUGUCAUGGAUGGUGGGAAGGUGCUCGAGGCAGGAAGACAGCAGGAAUUGCUUUCCAGAAGGGAUGGGAUCUACGCAGGCAUAGUAAAAAACGUGAACAGGAGCGAUACAGACCUUGGCGUGCUGUAUAACGGGUUCGAGCAUCUGACAUACGGAAAAAACAUUUCAGAAGGUACGGAGCAAGAAAAAAAAGCCGCACCUUCAAGCGUCAAAGGCACUCCUCCAGCACAAAAACAAGGGUGCUCGACUUUCCUGCAGAUACUCAGUUUGAAUAGCCCAGAGUGGAAACAUGGAUGCAUGAUAGUAGUCAGUGCGACACUGACCGGAUUCAUUACUCCAGCGAAUGGCGUACUAAAUGGAGUCACAGUUGCAGCCUUCUACAGCCAAACCUCCCAGGAGCUGAAGCACACAGUGAGAUUCGCAUGCGGAUUAUAUAUCUUGGCCUCUGUGGCACUUUUCAUCGCAAACUUCAACCUGCAUUACCGAGCUGGAGUCACUGGAGCAGCACUAACGAUGAGAAUACGACGUGCAAUGCUAGCUAAGAUAUUUCAGCAGGAGGUGGGAUGGUUUGAGAAGGAUGGAAACUCAAGCGGACAAAUCUACAACCGCCUAGGAAAUGAUGCGAAAAUCGUCGGAGAACUCUUUUGGGACCGUGGCCAGUCGCUGGUACAGGUGAUCACAACAGUUGUCUUUUGCAUGAGCUUCAGCUUUUGCCUGUCGUGGAAGCUAGCAGUUGUCGCCUCCGUCCCUCAACUUCUGAUCGCCGGUGCUUUCUACGCCAGAAGCAGGAGCCUCAUCGGACUGAUGCGUCACAUUGCUGCAGAGCACAAGAGAGUUAGUGAUCUAGCCAAUGAUGCAGCCUCACAACAGAAAACAAUCACGGCCUACUGCUUGCAAGACACGGUUUUAAAAGAAAUCAAGGCCACCUCAGCGAGAACUCUGGCUGCAUCUCAAGUUGCAGGGUUUCUCUACGGCUUCUGCUUCUUUGCACUCUACAACUUCUAUGCCCUCUGCAUCUGGUAUGGAGGAACACUACUGGUAGCAAGAAGAAUAACCUUCCAGAAUUUUGUGAUCUGCUACAGCGCUCUGGUGUCCGCCGGGCGAGCACUAGCAGAGACCGCAGCAGCAACUCCAGCAGUGGCUCAUGGCUUGACAGCAAAAGCAUCGGUCCUCGAGAUACUCAACAAGAAAACAACAGUUUCCGACGUAGAAAUGUCUGGAAACGAAGACAACAUGCGAGGCGAGGUGGAGUUUCGCGACGUCAGCUUUACGUAUCCCUCGAGCAUGGAAAUACUGGUGUUAAAGAACUUCAGCAUUAAAGUGGACGCAGGCCAGACUGCAGCAUUGGUUGGAAGGAGCGGGACGGGAAAAUCGACAGUCAUAGCUCUGCUGGAGAGAUUCUACGAACCAAUAGCAGGCACAAUUCUCCUAGACGGCAAAGACAUCAGGAGCAUCCACGUUCACACGCUCAGGAAACAAAUGGCACUGGUAAACCAGGAGCCAGCUUUGUUCGCGAUGAGCAUCAGAGACAACAUAGCGUAUGGCCUAGACAACGCGACGGACGCGGAGAUCAUCGAAGCAGCAAGCGUAGCAAACGCACACACAUUCAUCAGUGCUCUCCCGGAGGGAUACGAAACAAAUGCCGGCGAAGGAGGCGUCCUUCUCUCCGGAGGACAAAAGCAACGCAUAGCAAUCGCUCGAGCCGUGAUAAAAAAGCCAGCGAUUCUUCUCCUGGACGAAGCAACAAGCGCUCUCGACGGUGAGUCCGAGCGCACCGUCCAGCAAGCCCUGGACAAGAUCGUGCACGGCAGCACGGCAAAGACGACGAUCAUCGUCGUCGCUCACAGGCUCUCGACGAUCCAACACGCAGAUCUCAUCGCAGUGAUGGAGAAUGGCGGGGUUUCGGAACAGGGCAAGCAUCAAGAGCUCCUGGCCAAGAAUGGCCGAUAUUUCGCUCUGAUCCACUCUCAGCUCUAGCAAUCGAGGAGACGAUCGAUCCAGACGUACCUAGACAUGCUAGCGCCUUGCCGCCUUGCCGCCUUGCCGCCUUGCCGCCAUAAACCCUAAGUAGCUACAUUGUGAUAGAGAUUGAUACAUAUCAUCGUUACUCGUUAGGGAGCUAUAUACUUCUUCCAUUC